UUUCCUCGGCUCUGAGUCUGGGUGGGUUUUCUUUGGUAUCUGGGAUUUCAAUGACUUACCAAAAGGUGGUGUGUGGUUUAUAAGUCUUCCUUUUGUUUUAUAAGCAUUGUUCAAUGUUAUCUUUUACCCUUUUCUGUUACCAGCUUUGUGGUUUAGUGUUACAUGGCGACUGGUCGCUGAUUAUGCACAGGGAAUUGCUUGUACAAUUAUAGCCUACCAGCUACUUUUAUUUGUGUCUUGAUGGUCUAGUUGUGUUUAAGCAUUCAAACAACCGUCUAAGCAAUGUUCUUUUCAAAAUUGACCCCAAGAACCUUUUACUGAAAUCUGGGGUUUGAAACAGAAGGUUCAUAUUCCUUAAGGGGCUUAUAUGGUCGUUUAACCUUAUGAAAGUAUGGUAAUUGGCAACCAGAGAUGUAAGUGAACUCACAGGCCACCUAUUUUUUCUUACUUUAAUUAGCAUUUAUUGAAGGGAGUGGUGCUUAUAAGUUUGCGAUUAUGGUCCUUUUCUGGGAAGACAUUGUUUAUUGUCUUAAAAAUACUUUGAUCUCAAUGUCGGUGGGUUGAUUUGAUACUUAUUUCUUUCCACUUUAAAUUGAUCAGCGCAACAGAUUCAGGUUUGAAGAUUUGAUUAUCUGAAGAAUGUAACUUUGGUGAUAACAGAGUGCAGUCCUUUCAAUUUCAUAGACAUGCACUGUAUCUGACUAUUCUGGUGGACAUUUAUUCAACUUAGCUAUAAGCUUAAUCUUGAAAUAGCCUUGAGGUUCAAUCACUGAACUGCUAUCUAAGAUCUCUGAUUCUCAUUGUUGACUUCUACAUUUCUACAAUAUUUUGGUACCUGUCCAUUAAGGAACAAGAUGAAGGUUGGGAUAUCAUCCAAGACCAUAAAUCACCCUAGCUUUGUAUCUGUUACACAGAGCGAUCCUAGCAAGGGAAUUGGAGAAUCAUAUCCCAUUGCAGUAUCCCCAAUUCAUAAUUUUCCAAGUAGGGACUUAGAAGGUCCAUCUUGGUUGACCGGUGAAUGUUCAUCUCUAUUUCCACUUAAAAAGAAUGAGCUAAACUCUGGACCAAGUAGCCCCAGUUCUCCAAGUUCUCAUGCUAAGGGCGCUUUUUCACAUUCUUCUGUGUUCUGUACCAGUUUAUAUUUGUCAUCUUCGUCUACAUCAGAAACUCAGCGACAGCUUGGAAAUUUCCCAUUUCUUCCACAUCCUCCUACAUGCCACCAGUUCAUUUCUGCUGUUGAUUCAUCGAAAUCUCCCGUGGUUUUUACUGAGGAUUUGUGCAAUCCAUAUGAUGUGGACCACUCAGAAGUCAUAAUGAAGGACUUCCAUAAAUUUCCAGGAGAUGCUCGCGAUGAUGGUUGCUUUCAUGGUAUGCAUUGUGAAAGGGAUAAUUUCAUCCUCACUGAGCAAGUAGAACUACAUUUCUUGUCUGAUGAACUUGACAUUGCUAUCAAUGACCAUGGAGAAAAUCCCAGAGUUGAGGAAAUAUGUGAAUCACCUCAACCUUCAUCAAAGCCAACUGUAGGGUUGACAUGCAACCGAAAUUCGGCUUCUGCGACGCCAUCUAUGAGUGCUGCUGUAAGUCCUGCUCUGUCCGGACCGGCAGCUGUUCACAAGCCGAGAAUGAGAUGGACUCCUGAGCUGCACGAGUGCUUUGUAGAGGCUGUCAGCAAGCUUGAUGGGCCUGAAAAGGCAACUCCAAAGGGUGUGCUAAAGCUUAUGAAUGUUGAAGGUUUGACUAUCUACCACGUGAAGAGCCACUUACAAAAAUAUCGACUUGCCAAAUAUAUGCCUGAGAAGAAAGAAGAGAAGAAGACUUGGAGCUCUGGAGAAAAGAAAGCAGCUUUAAGCAUUGGUGAGAGUGAUGGAAAGAAAAAUGGGGGCAUGCAUAUCACUGAAGCUCUGCAAAUGCAGAUUGAAGUGCAGAAACAAUUACAUGAACAGCUUGAGCUACAAAGGUUGCUUCAGUUACGCAUAGAAGAACAGGCAAGGUAUUUGCAGAAGAUUUUGGAAGAACAACAGAAAGCUGGCAGUGCCUUAAUUCCUACACUAAGCUUGUCAGCACCAACCGAUCCUCCGAGCCAAAACUCAGAAUUGCAGCAGCCUUCUUCUCCAUCUGCUGUUGUCUCAGCUUCCCAACACUCUGAAUCUAAAACCGAAUCAUCAUCAGCAUCAUCUCUACCAUCAAAGCAUAAAGCUAACGGUGUCGGUGUCAAUGAAUGUAAAACUGAAUCAAGUCUGAAAAGGUUCCGCUUCGAGGACAAGCCAGAGUCGGCCAUAGACGAGGCUGUGGUGGAAAAUCCUGUGCAAUAACAGCUUCACCCAACUCAACUCAUGAUUUCCUUUUAUUGCAUCAGAUUCUAAAUCACCCCAACUUUUGUAUACGCAUUAAUUUAGUGUAAAAGUUAUUGAAUUUAGAUUUGCUUCAUUUGUAUGCAUGAUAUUAUUACAUUUUAUAUUUAUUUAAGUCUGGUUUAAUUUAAAA